GGAGCCCCGCUCAUCUGCGGCCGCAGGGGACGAGGGGCGGUGACCCCGGCGCACGCCCCGCGCCCCAGUAUCCCGGCCCGCGCCCCGGCCGCCACCAUGGUGUUGCUGGCCGGGCCCGGGCCGGAGGGCGGCGGGGCGCGCCGCGUGUCCCCGCAGACGCCGUCCCCACCCCGGGACGCUCAGGCCGGGGAGGACCCUGCCGACUACGAGGAGUACGAGGACUUCUCGUGUCUGCCCGACACCCGCAGCAUCGCCUCGGACGACUCCUUCUACCCUGUCGGAGGCGAGGAGGAAUACGGCACCGCGAAUGCGGAGAGCGUCCCAGAGGGCGUCCCGGAGGAGGCGACCCUCCUGCGCGCCGCCUGCGCCAACGACGUGGGGCUGCUGAGGGCGCUGGUGCGGCGGGGGCUGAGCGCCGAGGAGGUGCAGGAGACCGACCGCAACGGCCGGACUGGCCUUAUUGUCGCCUGCUACCACGGCUUUGUGGAUACUGUGGUGGUCUUAGCCGAGUGCCCCCACGUUGAUGUCAACUGGCAGGACAGCGAGGGGAACACGGCCCUAAUCACAGCCGCGCAGGCAGGGCACGCCACCGUCACCAACUACUUGCUGAACUAUUUUCCUGGCCUCGAUCUUGAGAGGAGGAACGCGUUCGGGUUCACGGCCCUGAUGAAAGCCGCCAUGCAGGGCCGGACGGAGUGCAUCCGAGCCCUGGUGCUAGCAGGGGCAGACGUCCAUGCCAGGGACCCCCGCCGUGGGAUGUCGCCCCAGGAGUGGGCCGCUUACACGGGCCGGUUGGAGGCCGUCCGCCUCAUCCAGAGGCUGCUGGAGCGACCCUGCCCGGAGCAGUUUGGGGAAAAGUACAGACCGGAGCUGCCGCUGCCCCCGGAGGCCACUCUGAAGCCCACGGGCUCCAAAAACUGCUUGCAGAGGCUCACAGAGCUUGUGAGGUCCGUUCUGACCUCCCGCUCACGCCAGGGCCUGGAGGAUGGGGGCGUCCUGGACCACAUGGUCAGGAUGACCACGAGCCUGUACAGCCCCGCCGUGGCCAUCGUCUGCCAGACUGUGUGCCCCGAGAGCCCCCCCUGUGUGGGGAAAAGGCGGCUGGCGGUGCAGGAGAUCCUCGAGGCUCGCGGGAGCCGGGCCGCGCACGCCCGGGAGAGUGACAAGAUAGAGGGCUCUGAGCAGCCGUUCCGGACCUCGCAGGCUGUGGGGGUCUGCAGAGAGGCGGCCCCGCAGGCCAGCCUCCCGGCCUCGCAGCUGCCAGGCGCCCCGCGGAGGGCCAGCCUCCUGCCCCUGCAGCUGCUGAGAAGGAGCAGCGUGCGGCCCGGCGUGGUCAUCCCCCGCGUGCGCAUCAGCAAGGCGCCCGCGCCCACCUUCCAGCCCGAGCGCGCCUCCGCCAAGGGCAGCACCAAGGACAGCGCCCACCUGCAGCUCCCCAAGUGGCGGUACAAGGAGGCCAAGGAGGAAAAGCGGAAGGCGGAGGAGGCGGAGAAGCAGCGGGCCGCGGCGGCGCAGAAGGAGAAGCGGGCGCCCUCCUGGAGGAAAAGGACGUGAGGGCUGAGCCUGUGAGGUGGGGGAGGAGGCAGUGGGGCUCCGUGCUCGGAGAAGGAUGCGGACAUGCCGCCCUCCUGCCCUCACCCCUCCCGAAGCGCGGCUCCUCCUUGCAUGUCCCCAGCCGGGGGCCCAAACGCGCUCUGUGUUUGUUCAGGCUGCACCGUGGAGUGAUCCGGGCAGGGCACCAGUCGAUUAGCCUAAAACCAGUUCCCCUAGAGAUGAGAACACCCGGCCGGCAACUCUGCCCCAGAGCCUACCUUUUGAACCUCACUUGAGAAAUUUAGAAGAAUUUUGUAUUUUUAAUUAUGAUCAAAUUUGCAGCAUUUUACUGGUGAUGGGCUGUUUGUAUUUAAGACGGUUUUAAUACAUUUGCCCGAAGACCCUUUGUUUAGCAUACAGUUUCUGGCAAUAAUUAUUUGUGAUAUCUCUGUGAUUUCAUACGGAAUUCGUCGAAGUCUCCCCAUUCUUCUGUUUGUGUUUCCUUCUCAUUGUGGGCAUGCAUGAGCAUUAUAUGUUCUCACUGAUUUGAUGAAGUGAUUCUGAACAUUUGUUUCUAUCCGAGGGAGGCAUUUCCUUUUCCAGCAAAAUGAUGACAUGAGACAGGAGAAUCAGACAUCCUGGUAUCUUAUUUUACAGCUCUCUUACUUAGAUGGUAAUAAUAACAAAGAAAAACCUGUUGUCAAAAUAUGAAACCACGCACAGAGAAGCAUGUACUUAUUGCUAGAACUAAGUAUCUUAAGCAAGGGACUUUAGAUAAACUGGAUGCAAAGCCUUUAACAUAUUCAAAAAUAGAUACGAGAAAAAAAUCUGUUAUUUAAUAAAGCGGGGGCAAAUGUAACCAAUUUUUACCAGAAGUACAAAAUUAAGUCCUCUGUGCUUUCAGGUAAAUUGAAUUCAGAUACCCUUAAAAUAUAAAAAAAGAUGCAAAAGAAUAAGGCCCCAGAGUGAUACAAUCUGCUGGAAAGGGGGAGGGGCCAGAGGAACAGGAAUAUUAAGCAAACUUGUUUUAGGCAAAUUCUCCUGGAGUGGGCUGGAUGGCUCCCUCCUCCAGCCUCAAUUCCAAAGAGUCCCUGGUGUGGAAUUACUGUUAUUUUUCCUUUGAUGACUGUCUGUGAUGUUCAGUUUCUCCUCAUGCGGACUUUGUAGAAUUUCCAAGAUGCGGGGACCUGGGCAGAGCACGUAUGGAAUUUGCCCUGGGCCCUGAGCUCUCUGUGUGAGUUUCUGUCCAUAAUCCAAAGCACUGAGAAAUUCUAAUGCAUCUCCGGCCAUCUGGGUUAUAGAGUAUCGGUCACAUAUGCACUACUGACAGCACUUUAUUUAAAGAUUAUCCUACUCGGGAGCCAUAGAUUUCAAAGCAUAGAGACCGAUUGGGAAGCUGUUUCUUACAAGCCUGGAUUCGCGUGUCCGAUCGUGCUCCCAGGCUGGGCUGGGACUCGAGCACCCGUCUCAUGAUGUGGGCAGGGAUGGCGCUAGCCUCUCCCUAGUCCCCCCAUUUGGUACCGAGAGACAUUGAGCUUAUCUGGGGUCUCACACUUACCUCUCAAGAUACCUCAGUUAGCGGGCUGUUGGGCAGCCCCAGCCUGAUGGUCAGGGGUGAUGAUAAUGCAGCUCUCAAGGUCCGAUUUAAGCGAGCUCCUCCCUCUUUCCAGAACGGCAUAGAGGUCUGGCCCUGCUUUUAGCAUCACUGAUCCUGGGCGGCUGCACGUCAUCCUAGUGACCAAGAGUUGGGAUUGGCCAAGUCCCCUUGGAUGAGAUGAGGGCUGGUCCCCGAGGGGAAGAGAAACGCGCCUAGUCUCCCCAACAGUCUGGUCCCGCAUCCGUUGACAUCAUUGUCUGGUUCAUGUAUUCUCACUGCUUUGGAUGGCUGGCCGCGUUGUCUCACUGAGGGGGUCACUUUUUGCUGUCUCGCUUCCUGCCGUGGUCGGGGGCAGGGCAGUGGUGGGCGGUCACCUCCUUCUGCUUUCCGCAUGUCCGCUCAGCUCUGUCGCCACGUUGGUUCCCCGCCUUCCCCCUUGCCUGCUCCCUUCCUUGCUUGCCUCUUCUGCCUGUUUUCUUCCGCAGCUUUGGCCAACAGCUCUGACCUUCCCUGGCCCCACCACUCUGAGGUCUAAGAAAGGGCAGAAAAGCAAGGCGAUCACGAGAGGCAGUGCCGUGUCCCUGUUGAAUUGCGGAAAGACCUCCACCGACCCAGUGAACGAGGGACAGAUUUCACCAGCUUCUGUGUGGAUGGUCUUAGAAUUUCGGCACAGCUCUCACCCAUGCCUCCCCCCCACUUAAGAUAGGUUUAUUUAUUUAUUUAUUUUGAGAGAGAGAG